UCUUAGUGAAGUCCAACAAGAUCAUCAUAGUUCACAUGAGCAGUGGAGCUUUCUGAUGAGCACCACAGGACGAUGAACCCACUGCAAGGUCAGAUCUGAGGGAGUGAAGAACUCCAGGAAGGCUGAGGAUUACCAUAACACAAAACUGAGAUGUCUGCAGAAAAAGACACAGGGAGUGGACAAGUCACAAGCUUCUGUGACUGGAUGUCGCAACUACCAGGUGAACUUCACAACAUUCCUCUCUGCAGUCUGGCCAUACCAGGAAGCCACGACUCAAUGACUUAUGAUUUGGACAUCAACUCCUCUAUCAUUGAGCCUGAUAACCUGAAAGGACUGAGCAAGAUUUAUUGUGCACGUCGAAUUGUGCACAGGUGGGCAGUCACUCAGGAGGAGUCCAUCACAAAGCAACUGGAUGCAGGAGUUCGUUACUUUGACCUGAGGAUCGCUCGCAAGCCAAACGACACUGACCCGACGAGGCUUUACUUUUAUCAUGGACUGUGUACGCGGACCGAUGUGGAGACUGUUCUCAGGAUGAUUCAUGACUGGGCAGAGAAACACCCCAAAGAGAUCCUCAUCCUGGCCUUAUCCCACUUUAAAGGGUUCGACAAACAGAAGGCAGAGCAGCUCCACAUCCAUCUCAUCAGUUUCAUCAAGACCUUGUUUGGAGCCAAACUUCUCCAUAGAGCGUGGGACAUUCCUACACUGAAGAGCUGCUGGGACCAAGGCAGAAACGUUAUAGUUUCAUAUGAUUAUUCUGCAAAUCAGCACCCGGAGAUGUGGGGUAGGAUACCUUAUUACUAUGGUGAUAGUAUGGACCCUGCAGAAGUGGAAUCAAAACUCCGCCAGGGUUUGGAAAAAGCUAGGUCUACUCAGGGUUUCUACGUAUGUGGCUUGAACCUGACCCUGCCAGAAGAUUCCAGGAUACUCAGGUACAUCUUCCGUCCCCGUGACAAAUUAACGAAGGUGCUACAGAGGAGUCUGCCCACGCUGCUGCAGUGGGUGAAACAGCAAGCCGGCCAAAGACCCAACAUUGUCGCCUCAGAUGUGGUGACUCGAGACAACUUUGUCUCAACGGUUGUCCAGCUCAAUAUUUCAAAGUUAGAGGAUCCUAGUGGAAUUCUGUUAAACGUCUUGUGAUCAUUCAGAAUCAAACACAGUCUUUUUAUUUUUUGGGCCAUUUCACCAUUAAAACACACCACUGAUGCUUGAUUGGAGUUUUUAGUAUCAUCACCAGCACCAUUCUUCAUAAAUAUGACAGAGUCUGUAUUAUUCUUAACAAAAUAUACAGUGGACACAGUUAAUGAUGUAGUAGACUGUUGCAUUAGGGAAUUGGCUACACUCUGCAAGUGUAUGUGCUCUAUAUAAAUUCAACAUAGUAAAGUAAUAGCAGAAUACUUUAAUAGUAUAACUUUAUAAGGAUAUAACUAUAUAAGCAAAGCAAAACAACUUGCUUUUGCUCAAGUAGUUAAGUUAACUUGGUACUUAAAAUUUUACUUGAGUAAAAUGUUUGAGUACUACCUUCACCACUAAUAAAUAAACUUGACAUACUCACAAGUACACCUCUUGGCUAUUGCGUAAGGAAUAUUUAUGUUUAUUUAAUAAAUGUUUAUUUAUUUGUGCUUUUACCGAAGUGAAACGUUUGAAUACUUCUACUAUCUUACUAACUAGUGCGCCUCUUGGCCUAUUGUGGAAGUAAAAAA